UCAUAAGACAUCAAAUAGAUCAAAAUGAUCAAAAUUGAUUUAUAUAUAUUUUUCAUCAUCUAUGGAGUGUAUCUGUUAUCAGUUAAAGCAAAUUAUGUAGUACCACAGUGUUAUAAAUUCACUUGGGUAACACCUGUAUUUGACAAUAAACCUGAUAGAGAUAAUUGUUCACAAUUCAAAGGUGUUCCCUGUAUUGAUCCUUUAAUUCGUUCAGAAAACUCACCAAAUAUGACAAAAUUACGGGAAGAAAAUCAUUUAUGCAAUGUUACAUCUGGCAAUGUAUGUGUAAAGUACACUUUUACUUAUAAUAAUAACAUUGUUAAUACAUCAUCAUUUUGUGGAAAAGUAAUAGAAGAUAAAAUAAUACCUAUUACAUCAGGAUGUUAUACACAACAAAUUGAUGGUUAUGAACUCGAAACGUGUGCUUGCCAAUCUAGAGGGCUGGAACUUUGUAAUGUAUCAAUGAAAAUAAAUCAUUCUAUUAUUUUAAUUAUUACAAUGUUAUUACUUACAUUUGUAAAUUUAACAUAG